GAGUGAGUGAUUCAGUGAGUGAGUGAGUGAGUGAGUGAGUGAGUGAGUGAGUGAGUGAGUGAUGAACGUUUUCUCCUGACGUUUCCUCUGAUAUCUACGGAAGCCAGAGCCGUGAUUAGUUUUUAAUGUUGUUAUCGCGAGACAUAAUGAAGAGCUGAGAUUCGGAACGUUCAUCACGUGACGCUCUCGGACUGAUCAGGUGUGUGCACAGGUGUCGUCAGUCUGUGUGUCACUGACCGCAGGGGCGGAGCAGCCAGGUGAGGAACACGGAGGCGCCGGUCGUCGACGCGAGUUGAAAUUCGUCUCCGUCUGGCGGCGUGUCGCCUGCUCCACCUGGUCGCCAUGGGAACGAUCCUGAUGGACAGGUGCGUUGGUUUUUUAUACCCCUCCCCUCCCCUCCCCUCUGAUCCGGCCUCUUUCAGCCGCCCGCUCCUCAGAAGUUUUUGAAGGUGCGUUUGAAGCUCGACCGCAUCAGUCGGAGGAGACGGCGCCGCCCCCUCUCUUCCUUCCUGGAAGCCCCGCGGCCUCAGGUGAGGCGGGACGUUUGAUACGUGACACCGCAGAGACCACAGAGAGAUUAAAACACACCUGGAGACACGAGACAGGUGUCUCGGCCAAUCGCAAGCAGCCAGAGAGGGAGGCGGGAAACAGGACAGUUACAUCACGACUUCAGGAUCUAGACAGGGUCCAACAUCCAGAUCCACCUGAGGGAUCCUGAGACCUUCCCAGACCAGAUGAGGUCAGAUAUAUAGUCGCUCGGUCAGCAGCCGACAGAAGAAGAAGAAGAAGAGCUUCACUCAUCCAGACAUGCUGUGGCUCCGUCAGAGUCGAGGUUCCCCCAGACUUGUCCUGGUUGUGGUGUGUGUCGCUCUGCUGCUCGACAACAUGCUGCUCACUGUGGUCGUUCCCAUCAUCCCCACAUUCCUCUACGCUAUGGAGCAUCCCAGUCCAGAGCCUCAGACUGCCCAGCCCUCCCUUCUCCCGCUGCCCAGCCACGGUGCAUCCCGGCCGGGCACGUCGCCCUCUCAGUCCCCCUCCCCUGGGUCAGACCUCCAGCCCUCCCUCCCUCCUCUGGUGUCUCUGUUUGACAACUCCACCUUCAGGACUGAGCCGACCUCUGACCCCGAGACCACGGACCAGACCACAGACCUGCAGGUCAACGAGACCACGGACGCUGCAGCCUCCUCCUGUCUUCAGGACAGUGUGUUUCUGGAGGAGGAGAAUGUGCGUGUUGGUUUGUUGUUUGCCUCUAAAGCUCUGAUCCAGCUGAUGAUCAACCCCUUCGUUGGUCCACUCACCAACAGGAUCGGGUAUCACAUCCCCAUGUUUGCUGGAUUCAUCAUCAUGUUUGUGUCGACCAUCAUGUUUGCAUUCUCAGGGACCUACGCUCUGCUGUUCUUCGCUCGCUCUCUGCAGGGAAUCGGCUCGUCCUUCUCCUCUGUGGCAGGUCUGGGUAUGUUGGCCAGUGUGUACACAGAUGACGAGGAGAGAGGCAUCGCCAUGGGCAUCGCACUGGGAGGACUGGCUAUGGGAGUCCUGAUCGGAGCUCCGUUUGGCAGUGUGAUGUAUGAAUUUGUGGGGAAGAGCGCCCCCUUCCUGAUCCUGGCCUUCCUGGCUCUGUUUGAUGGAGCGUUGCAGCUGUGCAUCCUGCAGCCUUCAAAGAUCUCUCCUGGGAGUGUGGAGGGGACUCCACUACUGACCCUGUUAAAGGAUCCAUACAUCCUCAUCAGUGCAGGGUCUCUGUGCUUCGCCAACAUGGGCGUCGCCAUCCUGGAGCCGACGCUGCCCAUCUGGAUGAUGCAGACCAUGUGCUCCCCUAAAUGGCAACUUGGUAUGGCCUUCCUCCCCGCCAGUGUCUCCUACCUGAUAGGAACAAACCUGUUUGGUAUCCUGGCCAAUAAGAUGGGACGGUGGCUCUGCUCCAUGUUGGGGAUGUUUAUCGUUGGCAUCAGUCUGCUGUGUGUGCCUUUUGCCACCAGUAUCUACGGUCUGAUUGGACCGAACGGAGGUCUGGGCUUCGCUAUAGGAAUGGUCGACUCCUCCAUGAUGGCCAUCAUGGGUUACCUGGUCGACAUCCGCCACGCCUCCGUGUACGGCAGCGUCUACGCCAUCGCUGAUGUGGCGCUGUGUAUGGGCUUCGCUAUCGGACCGUCCACCGGGGGCGCUCUGGUGCAGGCGGUGGGUUUCCCCUGUCUCAUGGUGUUCAUCGGGGUCAUCAACAUCCUGUACGCGCCGCUCUGCUUCCUGUUGCGUAACCCUGCGGUCCGAGAGGAGAAAAUGGCGAUCAUCGACCAGGAGUGUGUGAUGCACAGGAAAAGCUACAACACACAGAAGGAGAGUCGUGAGUUUCCUCUGAGCGACUACAGUGAAGAAGAAGAGACGGAGGAGUGACACACACACACACACACACCUGUCUAUGUUGUUGAUGUAGUCUCCAUGUUUCACCUUCAUCAUCAGACUUCCUGUCGUCACAGUCAGAGCAGAACAGACUCCGGACGUUUCUUAAAGGGACAGUGUCUUUAAUUUCUCGUGUAGGAGGAACCGGCUCCACUGGUUCCUGCUGGAAACGUCUCAUUCAUUCUCGUCAUAGACACAAACAUCAACAUGAAACUCUCCAGGUUCAAUGGGCCUCGUUCACCAAUAUCGUCUGAAGUAUUUUCUUAAAUUCUCUCUUAAGUUGUUCAUAAGAAAGUUUGACGAACGUGUUGUUAAACCACAGAACUGUGCGCACCUGUGUUCCUGAUGAACGCCACUCUCCUGGUAAACUGAACGUGUGCGCCAGUCGGCCCUAAUUAGCAUCGUAACGCCCGAAGACGCCCUUAAAAGGGCGUGAGACUGAAGGGUCGUGUGCAGACACAGACAGAACUCACAAAGAGAUACCGUGAGGGAAAGCUGAGAAAAUACCAAAAUCAAAAUCUAAAGACGGAGAAGCGGAACUUUAGUAGUUCUGAAGUGGAGGAACUGCUGCAGGAAGUGAGUCGUGUUAAUGUAGCGUUCAUUCAUUUUAAACAUAAUGCUUUGUAAAAUAACAACAGUUAUUGUAAUUUAAAUAAUAUUAUAUUAUAUAACUAGAACAGAAGAAAACACAACAACCACUUAUUUUGCUCAAACAUGUCGGAACUCAAAUGUGUGUAAGAGAGCUCUUGAGUUUUCAUAGCUUCUGUUCUCACCUGAGAACAAAUCUUAGGUUUUAAGAAGAAAUUUCUUCUUAAGAAUGUUGGUGAAUGAGGCCGAGUCAUCUCAGCAACCUGCGUCACAAGAGAUCUGCUGCUCUGAGGAAAAGUCAAAGGUACAAGUGUGAAUGCAUCACAGGCCGAGUGGGCACAAAGGGCUUCACCUCCAACAUGUGACUGAAAGAGACACAAAACAACCACAAAGAGACAAAACAACCACGAAGACACAAAACAACCACGAAGAGACAAAACAACCACAAAGAGACAAAACAACCACAAAGACACAAAACAACCACAAAGAGACAAAACAACCACAAAGACACAAAACAACCACGAAGAGACAAAACAACCACAAAGACACAAAACAACCACAAAGACACAAAACAACCACGAAGAGACAAAACAACCACAAAGACACAAAACAACCACAAAGACACAAAACAACCACAAAGACACAAAACAACCACAAAGAGACAAAACAACCACAAAGACACAAAACAACCACGAAGAGACAAAACAACCACAAAGACACAAAACAACCACAAAGACACAAAACAACCACGAAGAGACAAAACAACCACAAAGACACAAAACAACCACAAAGACACAAAACAACCACGAAGAGACAAAACAACCACAAAGACACAAAACAACCACGAAGACACAAAACAACCACGAAGAGACAAAACAACCACGAAGAGACAAAACAACCACAAAGACACAAAACAACCACGAAGAGACAAAACAACCACAAAGACACAAAACAACCACAAAGACACAAAACAACCACGAAGAGACAAAACAACCACGAAGAGACAAAACAACCACAAAGACACAAAACAACCACAAAGACACAAAACAACCACGAAGAGACAAAACAACCACGAAGAGACAAAACAACCACAAAGACACAAAACAACCACGAAGACACAAAACAACCACAAAGACACAAAACAACCACAAAGACACAAAACAACCACGAAGAGACACAAAACAACCACAAAGAGACAAAACAACCACGAAGAGACAAAACGACCACAAAGAGACAAAACGACCACAAAGAGACAAAACGACCACGAAGAGACAAAACGACCACAAAGAGACAAAACGACCACAAAGAGACAAAACAACCACGAAGAGACAAAACAACCACGAAGAGACAAAACAACCACAAAGACACAAAACAACCACGAAGAGACAAAACAACCACGAAGAGACAAAACAACCACGAAGAGACAAAACGACCACGAAGAGACAAAACGACCACGAAGAGACAAAACGACCACAGACGGGAGUGUUGCUCCUGUGUAUGAAGGGGAGGGGGGGGGGUCUUUUCCAUGUCUGUGCCCAAGGGCUCGUUAUCUUUAAAUAGGUACAAGCUUGUAUACAUACAAAACUCCCAUGAUACAUUUCAGUGAGAAACCAACCAAUCAAAUCACUGAGCUUAGAAUUCGGUGAGCGGGAAGUUAAAGACGACGCUGAGUUCAGUAACCAUGGCAACAUGUGUUAAUGACGAAGGUGUUUUGACUUUGUUACCGCUCUGAUUCACACCUCUGACCUGGCUUCUUCUCCAUAGCAACAGUGACUGAGGCUCAUGGGUAUUGUAGUAUUUACAGCUGUAAAUAAAAUGACUUGAUUUCUCAGACACAAAUCAUUAUCAGUUUGUGACAUCACUAACAGCUGUGCAGACGCACAACAGCCAUUUUCACAUCUAGAAAAUACAGAGAAUUAUUAUGGGAUUUCUAGUCUACAUGAACAUAUAGUGGAUAAAUUUACAUACUCAGAUAUCAGACACUCAAAAAUAAACAGUAACUCUACUUUACUCUGCAUCCCAUAAUAAACAGGGAGUGAUUUUUGACACGCUCUUUUAAGGGAUUAUUGAUGCCUUGUGUGCAAGUUUACAGAGUAUUAUUAUUAAUGUGAAUACAUUUAUGCAAUUCCAUUAACAGACGCCAUGACUGACUUUAAUUUUAACGUCUGUCUCAGAUGAAAACAAAAACACCUGCCAAAGUGUCUGAAGUAUAAUAUUUGAGGGCUAAAUGCUAAAUCAUCAUCCUCACCAUGAAACAGCAUAGCUCUUGUAUUGUAGGACAGCGAUGCUAACGUUAGCCUGAACUCUGACGUAGGACAGUGGACGUGCUCAAUGAGGCUUUUUUAGCUAGCUGGUGAAAUGCUAACACAGCACUGAAGGACGGUAACCAGGUGUACUUCUCCUAAAACCUGAAAGUGCUGUUUGAAAACACACACACACAAAAAUAAGUCGUAACAGUAGAAAUACAAACAGUGACACCUGCUGAUUUAGCUAAUUGUAAUUUGGGCUGAACUUGUGUUUCCAGGGAUUACGUAUAUUUUUGUAAAUUAAAAAAAAAUGUCCUUUAGCCUCUUAACUUUCAUAUUUCAGCUAAAACACUGAAUCAUUGGCUUUGGGAUGAAGGUUAGUUCUUAAUCUUGUAUUAUGUCAGAAAGUAAACACUUAUGAUUCCAGGUGAAAAAUACAAAAAUAAUUUGUCUCCUUCUUGAUGUUUAAAUCCCUUAAUUAUUUUAAGGGAGUUUGUCUUUAAUUAAAGAGAUUUCUGUGUGACUGUGAAUUUAUUUUAAGGAAAACAUUAUUUCAUCUUCAUAAAUUCUUCUUCAGUAUGAAAUCAAAGUGUUGAGAUGUGAAACUGUACCUAAGUCUGUAUCUGACCUCUGACCUGUGUCGCAAUUAAAACCUGCUGUAAACUGA